AUGAUCGCAACUGGUGUUUGUGGUGUCGCGCUGGUGCUGGUGUUGGUGGUUCUGAUCCCGGUCAUGGUGAACACCGCCGGUACUCCUGCCCGCUACGAGAUGCUCGGGUCUUGCCAAAUGGUGUGCGACUCCCACGGGACCGCGGCCACGGCCACGGCCAAGGCAACCAACACAAUCAAAGACAACCGUCUGGUGCAGUCGCUUCCGACUUUCAUCCAAGGUCCUCAAGGAGAGCCGGGACGCGUCGGGAGGAUGGGUCCGAGGGGUCCGGUUGGCGAGCCCGGACCAUCUGGACCUGCUGGUCCGCCCGGAGAGAGAGGGGCACCGGGUCCACCCGGAGCACCUGGAGCAAAUGGGCCUAACGGUGCCAUCAGCGCUGCCACUUACAACACAAUCCCAAAGAUUGCGUUUUAUGCAGGACUGAAGAAGCAGCAUGAGGGAUACGAAGUGUUGAAAUUCGACGACGUAGUCACAAAUCUGGGCAACCACUAUGACCCUUCUUCAGGGAAAUUCACCUGCUCAAUACCGGGGAUUUACUUCUUUGUUUACCAUGUGCUGAUGCGAGGCGGAGAUGGAACCAGCAUGUGGGCUGACCUCUGUAAAAACAACCAGGUGAGAGCCAGUGCCAUCGCCCAAGACGCCGACCAGAACUACGACUACGCCAGCAACAGCGUUGUCCUGCACCUCGAGCCCGGGGACGAGAUUUACAUCAAGCUGGACGGCGGAAAGGCGCACGGGGGCAACAACAACAAGUACAGCACCUUCUCCGGCUUCAUGUUGUAUGCUGAUUAAAACACGGAAAAGGAUCUGCAUAUAGCUCGCUUCACUGCUCAUCAAUGUCAGUUGGAUUAUUAGA